AUGUGGUUUAAUUUACCCGAAUUUAAAUCGUUCACUGGCAUUAUAUUUGCUGUUACAGGCAAUAUUUUGAUAUCAGUCUCAUUAAACAUCCAAAGAAUUGUCAAUAAUGAAUUUCAAAAGUCUAAAAUUGACCAAUUCAAUUCCGGUCCUAGUUUAUAUAAUUCUAGGGUUAAUUCAGAGCAUACAUAUGACUCUAGCACUAAUAGCGAAGGUUACGAAGUAUUGUUAGAUCCUGAUCAAUAUGACAAAUUUAAUUAUUUCCAUUCUAAAGCAUGGUGGGCCGGGAUAUUUUUAAUGAUCAUUGGAGAAAUAAGCAAUUUUAUUGCAUUUGCAUUUUCACCAACUUCAGUUGUAAUCAUUCUUGGAAUGGUCGCAUUAAUUUCUAAUGUUAUUUUAGCACCAUUUAUGCUCAAAGAAACAUUUAGAUCUCAAGAUUUAUUAGGUAUUCUGAUCGCUAUUCUUUCUUUUGAAGAAAUAUAUUCUGCAAUACAACAACCACAAUUCAUUUAUUAUCUUAUUAUAACAGGAAUAUUAGCUCUUUUAUUAAUUUGUCUUUCAGCUAAAAUUGGAUCAAAAUUUAUUAUCAUUGAUCUAUUAUUGGCGGCUAUUUUUGGCGGAUAUUCGGUUAUAUCAGCAAAGGCGAUUUCAUCCCUCUUAAUAAUGAAAUUUUUUUCGAUAUUUGGAAAUUUCAUUACUUACUUUUUAUUAUUAAUGUUUAUUGGUACAGCAGUUCUUCAGAUAAAAUACCUUAACAGAUCUUUAAAACGAUUUGAUUCAACGGAAAUUAUUCCCAAACAAUUUGUUCUUUUCAUUAUAUCUGCAAUAAUAGGGAGUGCAAUAUUGUAUAAUGAUUUUGCAGAAAUGAAAUUUUAUGAAUUUUUAAAUUUUUUGAUUGGAUGUCUUUUUACGUUCAUUGGGGUUUAUUUAAUUACAUCUAACAGAACUAAAUCCAAAGGUUAUUUGAAUGAAAAUUCUUCCUUUUUGGACUCUGUAAGAAGAAGCAAUAAUAUCUUUACUGAACCUUUUCGUCAACCAUCACUUCCUAAUAGUGAAGUUGAUGUCAAUAAUUAUUCAUCAUCUGCAACAGAACAAAGGUUUUCUUCUUCAUAUCAACAAAGGUGGUGUGCAAUAUCAGAGAGAGAUAAUCCCUCAAUACCUCUUUUAAGAAAUUAUUCACUAUCAAGAAAUGAAGAUAUAUUAAAUUCAAUUGUGUAUGGAAUGACGUCUAUUUCCUUUACUGCAAUGUUUUGUCAAAUAUUGAAUUCUGUUGGGGCUCGUCAUUUACAUGCUUUAGGAUUAGUUAUUGAGAAAAGAUAUGGUGAAGAAUCUUUCAACAAUCAAAGAAAUUAUGGAGCACUUAAUAAUAGUAAUUCUAUAAUAACUUCCUCUUCCCCCCAUCAUAAUAAUGGUGUAAACAAUUAUAAUGAUUCAUUAAUAGAUAAUGGCAGUGAAAGUUGCGAGACUGAUUCAAAAUCUUUAAGCACUUCAUAUAGUAAUUCCUCUUAUUUUAAUUCAGAAUAUAUAGAAGAUGAUGAUAGAACAGUGAGUGGGCUUACAUUUUUGACAAAUGAUAGUAAUUUUGGUAUAUAUUUUGGAGAGACAAGCAGUAGUGUUUAUAAUGAAUUUUCUGGAUUUGAUGAUUUUUAUCAAUCUGAUGACAUGGAUAAUUUAGAUAAUUUACCAGAUUUGCCUUUGAGAUAG